GGAAGGGUCGCUCCCAAAACGUGCUCGUCCCCGCUGAGACACGUGAUGACGUCUCACCUCUAGCUUCUCAAAGAUUUCCCAGUUUGCGACUGGCGGACAGUAAAGAUGGCGACGGAGCUCACAGUGUAUAUGAGUACCCGGAGAAGAUGACGACGAUAAGAUUAGUAACUUUCGAGCCGCGGCGUUGACAGUGCUCCCUUUAAAGACCCUGCGACAAAGGCUCGCGAACUUGCUGACUUUGGCGGUAGUUAAACAAACCUAACGGACACAGCCGGGGCGCGGACAUAUCGUUGCUUUUGCUAUGGAGGAUAUCAACUCAAACAUAAACGCGGACUUGGAGGUGCGGAAGCUCCAAGACUUAGUGAAGAAACUCGAGCAGCAGAACGAGCAGCUUCGGAGCCGAUCCAGUCUGCUCUCUUCCUCCUCCUCUGGCGGUUUGUCGGGGAACACCAGACCUGUAAGCGCCGGGUAUGAUUCCCCGGGAGCGGCGGCGGGGCUCGCCGGGUUCACUGGGGUGGGGUUCGGCGGAUCAAGGGGUUUUGGUGGGAUUUUGGAAAACUCCCGUCUGAGCCCCAGGCGAUCAUAUCACGGCAGCAGUUACGGAGGGGUGUAUGAUAGUGACAGCGCUUCUUGUGCCGCCUCGAACACGAGUCUCGCGUCUUAUUACAACGAUUCGCUGGAUUUUAUCGAAGACGGAGAAACUUCAGUGCUGGAUGAGGUGGAGAUCCUCGAUUUGGAGGAUAUGGAUUGCCUGAACGAAGAGGAGGACAGCUGGUUGUACGAGGCGAAAUUGAACAGUCCUCUGCAGAAAGCCUUGAGUCCCAUUGUGUGGUGCAGACAGGCUCUGGAUAACCCCAGUCCUGAUAUGGAGUCUGCCAAACGCUCUCUUUUACACAGACUUGACCUUACCAUGUCAGCAAACAAGCGGAGGAGCCUGUAUAACAGUUCCUACAGUCCUCAAGUGGGCUACGGAAGCCCGUAUGGCACAAACACGGCAAACAGUCCCUACAGCAGUGGAUUCAACUCCCCGUCCUCAACUCCAUCUAGAGUGCCUAUCGUCAAGCAGCUCGUUCUGCCUGGCAGUGCAGGUCACCAGCGUGGAUCGACUGACAGAAACGCACAGGCAGUGAGCCCCCAGUCCUCAGUGGACAGUGAGUUAAGCACAUCAGAGAUGGACGAAGACUCUGUCGGUUCAUCAACCACAUAUAAACUCAAUGACGUCACAGACGUGCAGAUACUCGCCCGCAUGCAGGAAGAGAGUUUAAGGCAAGAAUAUGCUGCAACGGCGUCACGUCGUAGCUCUGGUUCAUCAUGUCAGUCGUUGCGACGAGGAACUCUGAGUGACCAGGAGCUGGACGCACAGAGCCUGGAUGAUGAUGAGGAGGCAGUUCACCAUUCCUUCCACACGCCUGUCAACCGCUUCAGCCCCUCCCCUCGGCACUCGCCACGCGUCUCUCCCAGAAACUCGCCCCGAUCUCGCUCACCUGCCCGCUCUUUAGAGUACAGCCGCGGAUCUCCCCAACCAAUCAUCAGCCGCCUUCAGCAGCCCCGCCACUCUUUGCAGGGCCACGAUACCCAGACCAAUGCCAUUAAGAAUGAAGAAAAAUUGAGGCGGAGUCUCCCUAACCUCACACGAUCCAGCUCUGGACCGACUGCAGAGCCAGUCAAAAACAGCAGGAGCUGUGAGUCAAACCUGCAAGUGCCAAACGGAGGGUCACCCAGACACCAGAGUCAGUCUGCCACGUCGCACCAAAGGCUCUCAGCACCUGCGCGCUCCUCUCCAAAACCAAAAGAGAGACUCCAGAGCCCUACGUCUCUACGAGUUCCUCUCUCGUGUUGCUUUGGAGAGGAAGCAGAUUUCAUGCCCUCUUCCAGUAAGUUGCGGACUCCUGCCACCCCGUCUCCCUUGGCUCUCCGUCAGCCCAUGAAGGUCGUGUCUAAUCAUGGUUCAGGCACAGCCACGCCCACACGCUCUAUGGCUCCGCCCCGCAGUGGCCUGCCCCGCCCCGCCACCAAUGCUGGAGGAGGUUUACCAGUGCCUCGCAGCAAACUGGUCCAGCCAGUGCGCAGGUCUCUGCCAGCUCCAAGGACGUACAGCGGUAUGAGAGACGAGAGCUGGAGAGAAGGCUGCUACUGAGCAUGCCCAGAACCAGCAGCAGAAACAAGCUUUCAGUUCAACCAGGCACUUUAUAGAGAUACGUCUUUAACCCCCACAAAUAAGAGACUCAUUCUUCCAAACAAAAGAUUCUGUCCUCUUUCAGUUGACAUUGCGGAGCUCUCAUCCCAGCAGGAUAAAUGUUGAAGGCAAACUGGACGCCACAGAAUGCCAAAGAAACAGACUGGGAUUCGCCCUCAUAUAACCAAACGGCACCUGUACUGCAAACGGCUCGAACACAAUCCUGCUUGCAAAUCCCCCAAAACCCCCCACAGAAGAACAUCGAAUAACUUGUUUUCUCUGUUAUAACAUUAAUGGCGAUCCCUUGUUGAGUAUGUGCAAAUUGACCUUAACUUUUGGCUCAAGUGGGAAAGGUUUGUACGGCAACACCGAGUCCACAUGGCAAUUGCAUUCUGUCUGAAUGUCUUUCAUAUCUAUGUGACCUCUUAUUUAUUUGAAAUCAUUAUUUAAAAUAUUUCUUUCAAAGAGUAUUCACACAGUAUUUGGUCUUUGAAAAUAUAUAUAUGUAUGUAUCUUUAUUUCUGAAUGUCAUUGUGAAACCUCAACUGCAAAGCUACGUUUCCAAAGCAUUUUAAAUGUCAGAAUAAUGGAUGCAUUUCAGAGCUUUUGAACAAACGGAUUUAGUUUGAGCCUUCAGAUACGCAACAGGAUUGAUGUUUUUGCUCAUUUCGAAAGGAAGCAUUCACAAGAAACACGAAUCAGUAAGAAAUUCGAGUCAAAUUUCAUGAAUUGUGUUUGUAUGUCACUGGAAAAUGGGAAAUUCAUUGAAUAUAAUUGGGUGAUUAAUUGGGUGAACCGUUGUGUGGUCAAACUUUGUUCAUCGGAUGAUGUCCCAGUGAUAAUGUCUCUGUGGCAAGGGUCAUAAAAAGUUGUGGUUGUGUGGGUGAAGUGUAGUGCUUAUGUACUAUUAAUUUUGGAAUAUUCCUGGUCAUGUAAUUUGUUGUCAUUCUCAGAGUGAAAUAAUUGAUAAAAGGCCAAGAAUUGAAAUGCCGCUUACCGGGGUAACUGAAUGGCAAUGCCACCUGAACAUCUUGCUGCACACUAGCAUACUAUUGAGAUUGCGCAAGUUUGUUUAAAAAUGAGUGCCUAUAAUUUAUGAAAUUCUGUGAUUGCUACAAAUGUUAUUUUUGGUUUGUGCCAAUUGCUUUAUUUUGCCAAUAUUAUUUACUUCAGGGUUCUUUGCAUUUCUUGCUCAAGUUUUGUUUGAUUUUUGUAAUUGCUUUGAUAACAUUUAUAUUUGCUUUUUUGUAACACAGGUAUGUUAUAAAUGCCCCUUGAUAUUUAUGACUAAAUACUAUGCGCUGACAAAUGAGGCUUAUUUAUUAAACGGUGAGAUGCCUCCGUGUGCUGAGAUAGAGUUAGUGGGAUGCUUGAGCCUAGUAUGGUCAUGAAUACAUGACAUAAACAUUUUGUGGAUUGUUUUUUUGGUAAAGACUUUUAUAUCUCCACAAACAUGAUGCUCGGUUUCCCCUGCGUUAAAUCAUUUCAAAUAAAAGUUGAAAAAAGCUG